UGUGUGUGUGUAUAUAUAUAAUUCAAUCCCCGUGGGAUCCGGAGUCUGGCCUCACCCGCGGCUCGGCAGAUUGGCUGACGGUCUCAGCUCGCCCCCGCCCUCCUUCCCUCCGCGUCCCAGGUGGCUCAGGCCCCCUGCGGUGUUCUCUGUUUACGGAGAGAGCCCGUCCAAGUUGGGCUCCAUCUCUGCACUCGCUCCCCUCCGGGGCCCCGCCCGCCCGGGAAGCGGGGAGAAAACCAGGCCGUGCCAUUCCUCGUCCUUCCCCUACCCCUCACCGCGCAGAGAGGUCGGGUAAGGGGGAAGAGGUGUGCGCGGGAGAGGGAGUCCCAGGCCUGGGGGAACCGGCUGUCUCCCCCUCCCAGUACCUCGCGCGGACCCAGGAGUUCUAUCCCUAGGCCUAGCUCCCGCUCCCUCUCCCCGCCCUGUCGUGCUCAGGGUGACGUGCCCACCCUGGGCAGGCAGCCAGAAGCUGGAUCUCAGGGAUGCCAGGUCCCUAGAGGAGGCACAGAUGUGGAGACUUCACUCACAGGUGUUCCUCCUCCCCCAGACGGCGAUGACCCCCAAGCCGGCCGGACCCCCUGACGGGGGCUGGGGCUGGGUGGUGGCGGCCGCAGCCUUCGCGGUGAACGGGCUCUCCUACGGGCUGUUACGCUCCCUGGGCCUUGCUCUCCCUGACCUCGCGGAGCACUUUGACCGAAGCGCUCAGGACACUGCGUGGGUCAGCGCCCUGGCCCUGGCCGUGCAGCAGGCAGCCAGCCCAGUGGGCAGCGCCCUGAGUACCCGCUGGGGGGCACGCCCCGUGGUGAUGGUUGGGGGCGUCCUCACCUCGCUCGGCUUCGUCUUUUCGGCUUUCGCCCGCAGUCUGCUGCAUCUCUACUUCGGCCUGGGUGUCCUUGCUGGCUCCGGCUGGGCCCUGGUGUUCGCCCCUGCCCUGGGGACCCUCUCGCGUUACUUCUCCCGCCGUCGAGUCUUGGCCAUGGGGCUGGCACUCACGGGCAACGGGGUCUCCUCGCUGCUCCUGGCGCCCGCAUUGCAGUUCCUCCUUGAUACUUUCGGCUGGCGGGGCGCCCUGCUCCUCCUUGGCGCCAUUACCCUUCACCUUAUCGCCUGUGGCGCUCUGCUGCGCCCCCUGACGCUCCCUGGCGACCCCCAGGCCCCACCCCGCGGACCCCUAGCUGCCCUCGGCCUGGGUCUCUUCACACGCCGGGCCUUCUCAGUUUUUGCUCUGGGCACGGCCCUGGUGGGGGGCGGCUACUUCGUCCCCUACGUGCACUUGGCCCCUCACGCUUUAGACCGGGGUCUGGAGGGGUAUGGGGCAGCGCUGGUGGUGGCGGUGGCUGCGGUGGGGGAUGCGGGCGCCCGGCUGGUCUGCGGGUGGCUGGCGGACCAGGGCUGGGUGCCCCUUUCGCGGCUGCUGGCGGUGUUCGGGGCUCUAACCGGGCUGGGGCUGCUGGCCGUGGGACUGGUGCCUGUGGCGCGCAGCAAGGAGGGCUGGGGGGGCCCCCUGCUGGCCGCGGCUGGGGCCUACGGGCUGAGCGCCGGAAGUUACGCCCCGCUGGUUUUCGGCGUGAUCCCGGGGCUGGUGGGCAUUGGAGGUGUUGUACAGGGAACGGGGCUGAUGCUGAUGCUGAUGAGCCUCGGGGGGCUUUUGGGCCCUCCUCUGUCAGGCUUCCUAAGGGAUGAGACCGGCGACUUCACCGCCUCCUUCCUCGUGUGCGGCUCCUUCAUCCUCUCUGGCAGCUUCAUCUACACGGGGCUGCCCGGGGCGCUGCCCUCCUGCGGUGCAGCCUCACAACCAGCGGCCCCUCCCCCUGAGAGCGGGGAGCUGCUCCCCGCUCCUCAGGUUGCCCUGCUCUCCGCAGGAGGCCCUCACUCCACCCCGGACACCACUUGUUGACUAUUUUGUUUGAGCCCCUCCCCCAAUAAAGAAUUUCUAUCCGGUUUUCCUGCAA